CACGAACAUGCAUAGCCCUCCACAGAAAGUGUUCCGAUCUUGUCUAAUUAACGUAUAACCAUAUAAAACAGGCGUGUAUUUGCUAGAUAAAAAGGUCUCUUGGAGCAAAAUGACAUUUGGCUUUAAAUACAAGGCAUGCUUACAUGAAAGAAGAUUGCAGAGACUAAGUUCGGUUUCUUUUCUAUCUUGUCCUGUACACACUGCUCAUGAAAAUACUUACAAGCCCAAGCCAUUCACUGAAGUGGUCGAGCCGGCAAAAUUGUUUUUUAUCGGUUCCGCACUCGAUAAUACUUCCGCCAAAGGAUUUGAGCUAAAAUAUAUUCACGAAUUGUGGAAAAAAAGAUCUACCGAAUGCGGGAGCUAUAUAAAGAAAGCACCUGGUGGCGAAUACAUUUUGUACUGUUCGUCACCGCGUGAUUCAGAAGUGAUGUUUCGAUCGGAUGGAAGAACUCCAAUCCGCGAUGCGUUGUUGAACGUGAAGCACGCAAGAAAAAAGCUAGGAGUACCGUUAGGACUGAUGAAUUUUAGUGAAUUGGAGUGGUACAGUAUGGUGGCCCAUCGUUGUCACGCUUAAAAUUGAAAAAAUAAAAUAAAAACCUUAAAAUAAAAGUCAAAUAAAAAAAUAGUUGUG